AUUUUAGCUGCCGUCUUUGUUACUACGUUGGAAGAGGUUAUGUUGUAAUAUGUAAAUAAAACGUAAUUCGUUGAAAAACGAAAGUGAAAAAAUAUUAAGUAGAUGGGCUGGAUGCAUUGAAGACAAUCAAAACGAAGGUGUAAAUAGUGCUUACAAAGUUAUAAAACAAGUGCGGAACUUUUAUUUACGUCUCAUUAGAACAAACUAGUGUAAAUUGUUUUCACAGUCAUGUCGUUAACAAAAAAAUGUAUCUCAGCUCUGUGCAAAAGUUAUAAUGUCCGUGCACUGUCAACCACUGGUAUAAAAAAUGCUAAACUUACAUUCAACUGGGAGGACCCGUUGAUAUUAGAUGGGCAGUUACAUGACGACGAAAAGGCGAUCCGGGACUCGUUCAAAGCUUAUUGUAACGAGAAACUAUUGCCCAGAGUAAUCGAAGCCAACAGAAAUGAAGUCUUCGACCGUAGUAUUUACAAAGAAAUGGGGGAAUUGGGAGUCCUCGGGUGUACUAUUAAAGGAUAUGGAUGUGCUGGUGUGUCUAACGUCACUUAUGGUUUGAUCACAAGAGAAUUAGACGGCGUGGAUUCAGCUUAUCGGUCGGCAAUGAGCGUUCAGAGCAGUUUGGCGAUGGGAGCAAUAUACAUGUACGGCAGUGAAGAGCAGAAACAAAAGUUUUUGCCAGUUAUGGCUAAAGGUGAACUAGUCGGCUGUUUCGGUUUGACGGAACCUAACUUCGGUAGCGACGCUGGUGGUUUGGUAACCAGAGCCAAAUAUGAUUCGAAAAAUAAAUCUUACAUUCUAUCAGGAUCCAAAACAUGGAUUACAAAUUCUCCUAUAGCAGAUGUACUUGUAGUGUGGGCUAAAGGCGAGGACGAUAAAGUGAGGGGUUUUAUUAUAGAACGUUCGCAAGUAAAGAAAGGUUUGGACACGCCUAAAAUCAAUGGGAAAUUCUCUUUGCGAGCGUCGGCUACUGGGAUGAUAUUGCUCGACGAAGUGGCUAUACCAGAGGAAAAUUUAUUGCCAAACGUUGUAGGUCUGAAGGGGCCAUUCGGAUGUCUCAAUAACGCGCGGUAUGGGAUCUCUUGGGGCGUUCUCGGAGCGGCCGAAUCUUGUUUGCGUAUUGCCAGACAGUACACAUUAGACAGAAAACAAUUUGGUAGACCUUUGGCUUCAAACCAGUUGAUACAAAAGAAAUUAGCUGACAUGCUUACUGAAAUACACAUCGCAUAUCAAGCAUGUCUUAGGGUAGGCCGUUUGAAGGAUGAAGGUUUAGCAGUACCUGAGAUGAUUUCUAUGUUGAAAAGAAACAACUGUGGGAAGGCUUUGGAUAUUGCUAGGGUAGCAAGGGAUAUGCUAGGUGGGAAUGGUGUAUCGGACGAGUAUCACGUCAUCAGACAUGUAAUGAAUUUAGAGGCCGUGAACACAUACGAAGGAACCCAUGAUAUUCAUGGGCUUAUUUUGGGAAGAGCUAUCACAGGGAUUCAGGCAUUUUCGUGAUUAAAUAUAUGUAGCUAUAACGAACGAACAUAGUCAAUAUAUUUUUAUUUAUUGUAAAUAGGUAUCCAUAUUUUUUCUGUAUAAAUAAAG